UUGGUCCGUUCGUCAUUUAUGUAUAAGUCCCAAUCUAGACGAUUCGGUGUAUAAACGCGUUUGAUCGAUCUUUCAAUCCAAAGGAAGAAGACGAAGAAUCAAUUGCAGGUAGAUAGAGAUGGCGGAAGACAAGUAUAAUAUGAAGAAUCCGGCGGUGAAGAGGAUCCUCCAGGAGGUGAAGGAAAUGCAAUCUAAUCCUUCCGAUGAUUUCAUGAGCCUGCCUCUUGAGGAGAACAUAUUUGAGUGGCAAUUUGCGAUUAGUGGACCUCGUGAUUCAGAGUUUGAAGGAGGAAUCUAUCAUGGACGGAUUCAGUUGCCUGCUGAAUAUCCUUUCAAGCCUCCAUCAUUUAUGUUGCUGACGCCCAAUGGUCGUUUUGAAACACAGACUAAGAUAUGUUUAAGCAUCUCAAAUCAUCAUCCUGAACACUGGCAGCCAUCAUGGAGUGUUAGGACGGCUUUGGUAGCUUUGAUUGCAUUCAUGCCCACUAGCCCAAACGGUGCUCUGGGUUCAUUAGACUACAAGAAAGAAGAAAGGCUAAAACUGACAAUAAAAUCACGGGAUGCUGCCCCAAGGUUCGGUACAGGCGAAAGACAAACCCUAAUGGACGAGAUUCAUGAAUAUAUGUUAAGUAAGGCACCCCCAAUCCCUGAAGCCAGUAGUAUUCAGUCUGAGGAACAGAACAAAGAAAAUGAAAAUGCUGGUGAUGAAGAAAUCGUACCAGCUCCAGUUCUAGAUCCAGCAGCCAUAGGUGAAGUUGCGGAACCUGUUGAACUGAAUCAACAGGUGCGUCCUCUAACCAGAGAGAGACCACCACCACCAAUGACGAGGACUCAGAAGGCUCCUGCUGAUGAUCGUUUGUUCACAUGGGCUGCUGUUGGAUUGACCAUUGCCAUUGUUGUUCUUCUUUUGAAGAAGUUCAUGAAAGCCAAUGGUCAUGGUGCUGUUUUCAUGGAUGAGUCUUAACUAGUGUUCUUAUUAGAAGAACCAAUUUGCAAUCUUUAUAGAUUCUCUCAAGAAGAAGAUAUUAUUACUAUUUUGUACUGUUGUUUGUGCAUAUUUUAUAAUAACCCCCAAAUCCUCCCGAUCAAUAAUAUGUGUAUAUUCUUAUGUGUACUAGUACUUGGAUGAUAAUCAACUCCUAUUUUGGAAUUCCUAAUAUUUUAAUUU